AUGGCUACAAACUCUCCAGUGGCCGGACCCCAAUACAAUAAUGGGGUCCCUGCCGGAGAAGCUGAGCAAGUUCAAUAUGCUGUUGAACUGUCCUUGCAAGACCAGCAGCCCCAACAUAAUGCAAAUGCCGUUCGAUCUGGUGCUCGAGAAGCAAUUCGUCAUACAGACCAACUUAUCUUAAGUCUCAAUAAUGAAUUCGCCAAUUUGGAUGAUCCAUUGGGUGACACCGCAAUUUGGAUUGGUCCCCCUCCAAAGAUGCCAGAGGAUAGUGCAAGGGAGUAUGCCCAAAUCGAAAAACAUUUCGACCGAAUCUACAUCGUCCAGAGCGCGAAUCUGAUGCUCAUGGGAGAGGGCUCCAAAUUUGCCACCAUGCUUGGUCCCAUGUCAGCCAGAGCCGAACGAAAACUCCGUAAGACGGGGCUGUUGACCAUGCCCGAGGCACGACGGGGUGGGAAGUUCAAGUACUAUAUCAAUCUACGCCCACCCACCGAAGACGAUGAAGCUGUCAUUUUGAUCACAGACCUGACUUGCACCAAGGGUGUGCUGACCUGGCAUCUUGCGAGGCAGAAGUACGGCCUUUCACCACUCGCUGUGCUCGGCCAUGAUCGAUUCAAUCCCGUCCCACGGCCCGUCCCCACUCCACCCCAGAAGAUAGGCGACACCUCCAGGUCGAAUGUAGGGGCCCAAGUUGAAGAUGGCGCUCCUGAUUCAACGAGGAGCCAGUAUCAAAGACCGACAAAUCUGACUUCUGCUGCCACUUCCGACCCGGACCACAUUGGCUCUGAAUAUACCCCUCUACGUCACUGGUCCGCAAUUGAACGCCUGUUGCAUGCAAUCCAAGGAAACGAUCCGAAACUGGACUCGGCGCCAAAGGUCUGGACUUUCUUCGCAGUUGCGAGAUAUCUCGGCUGUAGUCAUCAUGAACGAGUUUCUGGCUGGAUCACGACAUGGAUUUACUCGGAGAACAAUGCCAAUUUCAUUCAAUGCAAUCCUGAAGUGGCCUACAAAAUAGGUAUGGGCAUCCAGUCAGCAGAACUAGUCAGGGAUACCUUUAGUAUUCUUGUUGGCGAGAGAGCCUUACUCGAAGCAUAUGGUGAAUACAACCCUAAAAUCCUCAAUCCCCUCGUGUCCACUGUUCAUGGCCGUAAGGUGGAGUCGCUCGAUGACGAUGAGCGCAAUCGUAUCGACCAUGCCGCUUCCUCUUUGGUUCAGAGACAACGUCGACUUGUCUCCAUGCUUUGCAGAGACAUGUCUUGGCUUUCAGGAUCGACCGAGUAUCAGAAACUCGAAAAGCUGGUUGGUCGUACGAAAUUGGAAACCGAAACCAUCAAUGAAGCAAGAGAACUGCUUCGUGAGUAUGUACGGUCACGAAUCUAUCAUGUCCUCUGCCAGGACCAGUUUGUUAUCCCCGAAUUGGAGAGUAACCCAGCAUCAACAGCCAACUUUCGAGCAGGUAGGAGUGAGAAAUUCGCCGCCACCUACAACUUGCUCAAUCAACCAAUGAGAAUGUUCACGCGAACUUUCUGGACUGCACUGUCACGAACACGAUUUGAUGUGGGCAUGCAUAAUACAAGUGCAGAGGGCACCAUCGGUGACUCUCCCUUGACUCGCUAUCACGAAGCAUUGACGGAGUUGUAUGAUCAUGACCCGAUGAAUGGCAUCAAGAAGAUCUCUCGCGCACAUCUGGAUUUCAAGAUCGCUGCUGUGAGCCAUAUUCUCAGUUCACGGCAAAAUGGGAAGGCGCCUGGCGUUGACCCUCUUCUAGAAGCAAAGUUAAACCCUGUGUUGGAUGAAGAUAUAACUAAUAAGUCUCAACGUACUCUUCCUCAACUUGUCAACCCCCUAAAUCCAGAAGCCAUCAAUUUUUCCUCUCUAGCAAUAGGCGGCAAUUCGAAACACGGUUCAGACUCGGUUGGCCCGUCAUUUCAAGACCAAGAUUCUCCAAGCAAGCGUCGGAAGACCCUUGAGGAGGUAGAUGAGACUGAAGCAGUUACCAUUUCGUCUGUGUGGGGCACGCCUCUAGAGCUUCCUACUGACGAGGUCUUUUCAGGGAAGGGCAAGGACAGGGCUAAUGUGUCUUCUGGAUCAAAUACUAAUGAAGGCGUGACUGUGGAAUCGAGAAUGCAUGCGCUGCCUAUCCGCCAGAAACCCUCAAACAACCUCGUCAUGGAACGGGACUAUGUGGAGCAGCAAUUUGAAAGUGCUAGUGCUGAUGAUCAAGCCGGUUCCGCCACGGCCGGUAGGCAUGCUUCCGGCAACGAUUCAAUGAAUGAAGUAAAGAAAUCACCUCUGGCACGCACAGGAGUUGAACCUAGUGCAUCCUUGGGUAAACGUUCCAGUGAUGCAAGUGAGUUGAGGCCUCGAAGAGUGUUCGACACUGGCCUCGACAAUCUCCCAACCGAUUCCACCGGUCCUGUCCGUGAGGGCGCCGGCAACAACACUUUGGAUCACAACGGGUUCCAAGAUUUAGGAUUUACAAUCUACACGCGAAUCCUCUCACAUCUCUUGCUCGAUUCCGUCAACAGUCUGAUCUCAAGGAUAUGCAUGCCGAUUUUGCAGCCUGCACACCUGUUCCACUCGACAGGGUUGCUGCCAACCAAUCUCAUCGACUGCUUGAUGUGUCUUGAUGACGAUGAGUUCAAGUACCUCCCGCUAUGGGCCGGUGGCAACGACGACGGCACCGGCGGAGUCUACGAUGAUAUGCCCGUGCCCAAUCUCGAUGCCGCGAGCCAGAGCGUGGAGAGCUUCGCACCUGGUCGCAUCCACAAGGCGUACGAUGCACCCUCUGAUUCUGAUGUGGGGACCGCGUCUUGGUUCGACGACAUUGGCAGCAGCCAGGUAUUGAGCACUGUGGGCAAGGCAAGCAAGAACGCUACCGACGGCACACAAACUAUCGUCAGCCUUCGUUCCGCGUCUGAAGCGGCGUCGGAAACGACCUCAAUCGUAUAUAUCGCCGACACAGCAACCGUCGUGGAUAUGAGCACUGACGACGAUGAUGGUAGUGACAGCUUCCACUACAUGAGAAGCAUGGCAGCCACCCCGAACGACACGGGCGGCGACGCUGCAGACACCGACAUGGACUUCGAGGCCCACGACCAAUCCGACGACCAAUCCGACGACGAGUUCGACGACGACGACGACGAUGACGACGAUGACGACAACCGCAUCCUCAACGGCGGAACCGACCUCAGCGAUGACGAAACCUUCACCAAUGCUCUAAGCGAGACUUCCACAGUCGAUCCCGCGGUUGAUGCCGCCAGUGAGCAAAAUAUCUUCGAAAAACUCUUGGAGCAGCAUGGGGCAGCGCUCGAGGAGGUGGCAAGUUUCGACGGAUCGACUGGAGGCAAAGGCAAAGGCAAAGGCAAAGGCAAAGGCAAAGAAAAGGAGAUCUUCCCUGUGGAAGACGACAACAGCCUCAGCCUCAGAUUCAAAUCCAAUGCCACUGCCAUCGUCAGUGUCUCGGCCAAAUCAAAGAGGGAUGAGAGUGACGACGAGGACGACGACUUUGAGUUCGUCUGA